UGUUUCUCAUGGGCCAACCAUCCCGAGAAACCCUGCUGUGCUGUGGUGUGACCAGUGAAGGCAUUUUCGACAAUAAACAAGGUUUUUCCACCAUGUUUGGAAAGAAAAAGAAAAAGCUUGAAAUUUCCGGCCCUUCAAAUUUUGAACACAGGGUGCACACUGGAUUUGAUCACAGAGAACAGAAGUUCACCGGACUACCUCAACAGUGGCAUAGUUUGCUAGCAGACACAGCAAACAGGCCGAAGCCUAUGGUGGAUCCUUCAUGCAUUACCCCGAUCCAACUUGCUCCAAUGAAGACCAUCGUUAGAGGAAAUAAACCUUGCAAGGAUACUUCAAUCAAUGGGUUGCUUGAAGAAUUCGACAAUAUCUCUGUGACACGUUCCAACUCGCUCCGGAAGGAGAGCCCUCCCACCCCUCGCCUGGGACACGCCAAUCACAUCGAAAUUCACCAGCAGGAAAAUGGCUACAUCACGUAUUCUCAGUAUUCGAGUGAGUCGGAGACUGCUACGGACUUCCUUGCUGAAAAAUACAGAGACAAGAGCAUUCAUGGGGAAGAGUUGGACAGAUAUUCCAGGGGCAGCUGCGCUGCCAAGCAAAAUGGGCACAUGGCGAAAGUGAAAGCCAGUGAAAUGUAUUUUUCGGAAGCUAAGCCCCUGAAGUCUGAUAUGUCUAGGUUUUUGCCAGAUUAUCAUGCUCACAUGGAAACGAAAAGCAAACUGAAUGAGUAUGGUGGCUUGAAGCUGGAAUAUCAGAGGGCUCCUAGCGGAUCGUCCCUGGAUUAUAAAGAACCUUUUCAUUUCACUCCUUCUAGGACUUCCAUUCACAGUCAUUGCUCAGGAGAGAGACUAGAGUACAGUGACAGCAACUGGGCCAAGGAUGAUUAUGACAAAAGGCCAAAGUCGUCCUAUGUAAACCAGACAAGCCCUCAACCUGCCAUGAGACAGAGGUCCAGGUCAGGCUCUGGUCUCCAAGAGCCAAUCAUGCCCUAUGGAGCAAGUGCUUUUAAGUCCCAUCAGCAAGGCCAUUCGUAUAGCUCAUAUACCUACCCUCGAUUAUCAGAAACCGCAGCAGGCAUUCCAAAGCUGGAUUAUGAUCGAGCACAGAUGGUUGUAAGCCCACCGCUGUCUGGGUCAGACACUUACCCUCGAGGCCCAACAAAGCUACCUCAAAGUCAAAGCAAAGUCACGUAUUCAGGCAGUGGCUACCAGUACCCAGCAGUCUAUCACAAAUUCUCCCACUAUCACCACCAGCCUUCUCUCCAGCCAAGCUCACAUUACAUUUCCACAGCUUCUUACCCAAGUUCCCCGAGCAUCACUUCAAGUGCUUAUCCUCCACCAAGCUGGGGCUCUUCCUCAGACCAACAGCCCUCCCGGGUCUCUCACGAGCAGUUCCGAGCGGCCUUACAGCUGGUGGUGAGCCCGGGUGACCCUCGGGAGUACUUGGACAACUUCAUCAAAAUUGGGGAAGGCUCCACUGGUAUCGUUUGCAUCGCCACAGAGAAGCACACAGGGAAGCAAGUUGCAGUGAAGAAGAUGGAUCUCAGGAAGCAGCAAAGGAGGGAACUGCUCUUCAACGAGGUUGUAAUAAUGAGAGACUAUCAUCACGAGAACGUGGUCGAUAUGUACAACAGCUACCUUGUGGGCGAUGAGCUGUGGGUUGUUAUGGAGUUUUUGGAAGGCGGCGCUUUGACCGACAUAGUGACUCACACCAGAAUGAACGAAGAACAGAUUGCUACGGUCUGUCUGUCUGUACUAAGAGCACUGUCCUAUCUGCACAAUCAAGGCGUCAUUCACCGGGAUAUAAAGAGCGACUCUAUACUUCUCACAAGUGAUGGGCGAAUAAAAUUGUCAGAUUUUGGAUUCUGUGCCCAGGUUUCAAAAGACGUUCCGAAACGGAAAUCACUUGUUGGAACCCCCUACUGGAUGGCACCUGAAGUGAUCUCCAGACUGCCUUAUGGAACAGAGGUGGAUAUCUGGUCCCUCGGCAUCAUGGUCAUAGAGAUGAUCGAUGGAGAGCCGCCUUAUUUCAAUGAGCCACCUCUCCAGGCAAUGCGCAGGAUCCGAGACAAUUUACCGCCAAGGGUGAAGGAUCUACAUAAGGUUUCCUCGGUACUCCGUGGCUUCUUAGACUUGAUGUUGGUGAGGGAGCCUUCCCAGAGAGGAACAGCACAGGAACUGUUGAGACACCCAUUUCUGAAACUGGCUGGGCCUCCUUCUUGCAUAGUGCCUCUCAUGAGGCAAUACAGGCAUCACUAA